AUGUGUGUGUAUCCUUCUUGUUUCUUCUCCCAGGACCCAGACAGACAGCACCAGGACCAGUCUCACCCUUGGCACCCCCACCAUGUCUGUGUGACCUCCAGCCUGACACAGCGAUGGACAGAACACACUGCGUUCUGCUGUCCCUCUGCUAGGAGCGGGACAUCCCACAGGACAGGAGACAUGUUGGGACAGAGGCGCUGUGACCACUGCACUGACUUCUGCGACUAUACCGACCUCUGCAGUAACCAUGGAGACGGCGUGGAGAACCGGACUGCCCUGCACUAUGGUCAUUGUUGUGGCUCUGACUGUGCAGAUGGCCCGAGGGCACAGGCAUGA